AUGGCAACCGCCCAGCAAAAGUUCGACUACUACAUCUCGCAGGUUGACAAGGAGCUCUCGAAGUACCCUACCCUCAACAGGCUCGAGGCGCAGACUUCCAUCCCCAAGGCGUACGCCGUCCUCGGUGUCGGCGCCCUCUUCUCCACCUUCAUCUUCUUCAACAUCUUUGCCGGCUUCCUCUCGAACCUCCUCGGCUGGGCCCUCCCCGCCUACUUCUCCCUCAAGGCUCUCGAGUCCCCCGGCCAUGACGACGAUGUCCAGUGGCUCACCUACUGGGUGAUCUUCGGGUCCUUCACCUUCAUCGAGAGCCUCAUUUCGGUUCCCUUACUACUACGUCGUCAAGUCCCUUUUCAUCCUGUACCUCACCCUCCCCUCGACCCGCGGCGCCAUCGUCGUCCACGACAAGCUCUUCAAGCCCCUCCUCACCCAGCGCAAGACCCCCGCUACCUCGACCACCACGACCACCCCCGUCGCUGCCGCUCAGUAAAUCUCCCCCCUCUCGCUCGUCAUUGUAGCCGAUAG